AUAUCUAAUUGGAACUCAGUUCCCUGAUUGCAAUCAAAUCGCAAGGCGGCAUUGCAUUUAAGUACAUAGGAAAGCCUGAUUAGUUCACCAAACGGUGUGGUUUUUUGGAAAUACUCCAAUGUGUUCUUUGCCUUUUUUGACGUUGCCAGCGUUCCUGGUUAUGUGCGUUGCUGUUCUUGCUGUCGAGAUAUUAUGCGAUGAACAACAAGACGGUAAGCGCACGACAAUACAAAGACUUUCCGAGAAACUGUUUGAUGGCUACAGGAAGGACUUCUUACCGCGUCUCAAUGAAUCAGUGCCGGUUAAGGUGGAGUUCGAUUUUGAAAUAAUCACCAUCAAAGACGUGAACGCCAAGGACCAGACUAUGACAGUGUAUGGCUGGGUACGACAGGUUUGGCACAAUCCGUUUCUUCAGUGGAAUUCUUCCGAGUAUGGUGGCAUUAAAAACCUUCAGGCAAGCGCCGAGAAGAUCUGGGUACCAGACAUACUCAUGUACAACAACGUUGACCUCCAAGACCGUAUUGGUGGUGGACCUACAACAUACAAAACCAAAGUUGUCGUCCAAGCGAACGGACAAAACGACUGGAAAAGUCCUGCCAUUUUCCAAACUCUGUGUUCCAUAGAUGUAACCUACUUCCCCUUCGACAUACAAAAAUGUUCUCUUAAGUUCGGUUCUUGGGCCUCAAGCAGUCAACAGUUAACUAUGAGCUCGGAACAGAUGAGUGGGAAAACAAAUCAGUAUGUGGACAAUGGCGAAUGGGAUAUCCUCAAAAUAGAGGCUAAAAGGAACGUUGUGCAAUACAGAACGGGAACUUUUGAUGACGUGACAGUUACCAUCGUGAUAGGUCGCGAGUACUUCGUCUUCUGUGUGAACUUAAUAGUUCCGUGCUUUCUUAUUUCGUCAAUGAUAUUUCUAGGUUUUAUUCUUCCUCCAGAAUGCGGAGAGAGGAUUGGGUUAAGUAUUACCGUUCUCCUCGCUAUGACGGUCUUCCAACAGUUAACUUCGGACAUUUUCCCUUCAUUUUACUUCCCGCUCCUUGGUCAGUAUUAUUUUGCAACCAGCGUAGAAAUAAGUAUUUCAAUUUUGGUGACAACGGUGAUUCUUAAUUUCACAGCGCGCAAAAACAAAAAAAUGCCACGCUGGAUGCGGAAGUUGAUGCUGCAGUGGAUGGCACGUGUGGUCCUCCUGGGGAAAACUGUGGAAAAAAGUUGUCCAAAACCAAAAUUCAAAAGAUCCACCCAGCGAAGAAGGCCGGAGACGGAAUACAAGGACCAUAAAGAAGCCAGGGAAAAUGGAGCUGUUGUUCAUGAGCAAAUGAUGCACGGAUCGUCACCCGAUCAAUCCGAGCGAAAGGAUGACCGCCUUGUGGCUGAGCUCAAAAGCAUGUUCAUGAUUUCCAAAAGUCUUGAUCGUGGUGGCUUACGGUACGCCAACUCGGUCAAGAGCACCCACUCGAAUGGAUUUACAGACGAAAAUCCCUACAGCCCUGAACCUUACGAAGUCUGGAACGAGACUAGCUUGGCAUGUACAGGAGUACUUGAUGAAAAUGGCGAAGAACUCGACGAAUACGAACUUAAUUUACGUAAAUGGGAGUGGAUCAUGGCCGCUAGGGUCCUGGAUCGAGCUUUCCUGUGGAUUUGCAUAAUUACUGGAAUUGUAACAUUCCUAGCCAUUUUCAUGCGAGCACCUCGCUUGCAAGAAAUAAUAUUUGGUUCCUAGAACAGACAUGAAAUGCCGUUUACCCUUCAAGGAUGGGAACAAAAGAUAGUUAGACGAUAGAUGAAGACUUUGGUCAUCGUAGAUAAGCCGUAAAAUAUUCGAGACAUAUUGAACAAGAUAGUAUAGUGCAAUUAGAAGUUAUUUAUCAGUAUUCAUGUGGAAAAUUCGAAGCAGCUGGCUCUACUGUGAGGAUGAUGAACUCUGGAUCGAGACGUCCGGGUUCCGAAGCCCUUGCAAGGGAAAUAGGUC